AUGCUCAAACCAAUAACCCCACAGGACUCCAGCUACCCAUUCAAAGACAAAGCUGAAACCGCCAAGAAAACGGAGCCCGAAGAGGAAGAAAUUGAUAUUGAUUUAAAUGCCCCGGAAACGGAGAAAGCCGCUCUCGCCAUCCAAGGGAAAUUUCGGCGUUUCCAAAAACGGAAACAGGACCCCAGUUCCUGA